CCACUCCACAAACACUUUCAGAAGUGUGUCUUCCCCUCCUUCUCAGCCCAAUUUGUGAAAGGAGGGGGGGGGGGGUGUGGAGGAAAUAGAAAUUCACUCUUUCUCAGGUCUACUGGCCCUUUUUAAUAAGUGUUUAUUGCAGAGUAUUUACUUGGUUUUGAUUUGGUCAACAAAUUGUGCUAUGGAAGAGAAUUACAUAUUUGCUGCUAACAAGCUUCUUUAUAGUUUUCUUUGGUGAUGAAAUUCGUCUUAGUAAGGCAUUAAUUUUCCCUUCUUUUUGAUGUUGGCGAAGAAGAAGCCAAGGAAUAGGAUGAAUUUAUUAAUAUUCCCUCGAAAUGACUAUUUCCUCCAUCCUUAAACAGCUGCUAAAUUUGGCUUUUUCAAAGUCAAAAUUUAUAUCUAUUCUUCUCAUGCUUUGUUAGAUAUAUGGCUUUUCAAAAUCUUGUCAUGUCAUAUCUGAAACAUCCUAAAUCUGCUAGAAUUUCAAGAUGUUAGGAUUUGUUCAUGUCCAUGGACUAGUACUCUUUAUUGCACUAUUAAUUGUGUUGUUGGGCAAUCCAAACAGUGAUAUUGUUUGGAAAUGAGAUUCUGUACUUAUAUAUUCUUUCUGUAGGUCGUUUUGCGGACCAUUUUACGCAAGUUUACUUCUAUGUUGACAGAAUGGAUCAUAUGUUAUAAUAACAAACUACAUAAAUUAAAGGUAGCCUUCAGAUUGACAUUCCAUACGUGGUUAUUAAUGGAUGCGUAAAUCAACUAACUUGUUUAUUGAAGUUCAGUAGAUUCUUCAGGUGUUAGAUCUGUAAUUCCCAUCUUCCUGUAUCUAAGGACUUAUACAUGACUGCUGCCACAAGAUUGUGAGUGGAAUCUCUUCAAGUGGCUGUUGGUAGUAGUUGAUUUUAUGAUUCUUGCUUACUGUACAGUGUUUAUUUAUGUUACUUUUGUGGCAGUGGAAUCCUCAAACAUCAGUAUGUCAUGAAUGGACUUGGAAUAGUUGUAAAACAAAAAUGGGGAAUAUAUGUGUGUUACUUUACAGGUCCUUUAGUAGCUCAACUCUCCUUGAGUCAUAUUUGUAAUAUUUCGUGCAAGAAAGAUGAUAGAUGCCUUAACAGUUUGGCUCUUUUGUUUUGCCGGGAGAGGGUGGUUAUUAGUAGCUUCGUCAUCCAAGAGAGGCUAAGAAGGUUUGUCAAACCCAUAUUACCAUGUAUUUCAGAUUCCAAAAGAUAUUUAAUGAAUAACUUGGCAAACUUUAUUCUCAAUAUUUGGGUGUAUCCUGACUGUCCUUCAGUUGUAUUAUGUUGUAAUAUCUGUAAUUUAAUUCAAAUUCAACAUUUGAAUGACGACACGUGUUAAAGGCCUUUGUGGAGAUCGGAUUGGAACGUUAAUUUUCCAACGGUCUUGAUUUAAUGCAUACUUUGGAAAUAAAUCAUAUAUGAUCUGCCACCAAUUAUAUGUGCAUCUUUAAUUUUAUUAUUGUUAUUACUUAUUAAUCUGUCUAUAUAAUGGGCUAAGUUUUACAUACUCUCUUUUCAUUUCAUAGUUUUUGAAUCAGAUCGGCACUCCUGAUUCAAACAAGAAUUUGUGUACAGAUAUCAAGUAUUUUUUUUUAAGUUACUGUUGAUCAAGAGGCGACGGUCAAAUUCUGCAAAGCUGCAACUUAUUAUCAAUGGAUGUCCAACCGGAUUCAAAAUGCCCAAGAACUUCAGCUGACUUGGAUGAUAAUAGUGAGCCUGAUUACUUUGGUAGGCUUCACGACAAUCUUAUCAUAGAGAUUCUAGAUAAGCUUCCUAUGGAAGUAGCAAUGGAGACCUCCCUUUUAUUGAAAAGUUGGAAGGACCUAUGGAAGCAUAAGAGGAAUGUUGAAUUAGGUCAAAUGUGGGUUCAGAAUUGUGGUAAGUCUCUGUUCUCAUCAUUGUUGAAAAUUUUUAAUGCUCUUCAGGGUCAAAAUAUUCACUGUAUGAAAGUCUCUCUUCCGUAUGACUGCCAUGUGUCUAGCAUUGUACAGUCAUUGAUGACCUAUGCUAGUUUGAAAAAUUUCGAAGAGCUAUAUAUAGAUUUCAAUGAUAGGAAUGACAACAGAAUCAAGUGGAGGAGGCGGUACCCAUUGGUUGAUAUGCCUAAUUGGGUAUAUAGCCCUUGUUCGUCAUUGGUCAAAUUAAUUCUUAUAUCGCUACAACUAGGUACUCUUCCUCCUCUGCAUUUCAAGGCUCUAAGGGAACUUUACCUUGAGCAUGUCAAGCUUACUAAAGAUUCAGUGGAGAAGAUUACUAGCAAUUGUCCUUCUCUUGGUAUGCUGAGUCUUAGCAAUUGCAACCCAACUGCUGGCCUUAAUAUUAAUGUUGCUGCAAACUCUGGCCUUCUUCAUUUAGUAGUAAACGAGGAGUUUACUGACAUCCGAAAAGCAACAGAGUUGUGUAUUAGAGCUCCGAAUGUGAAAACAAUAGAAUUUGCGUCAGCCCUGCCUAGAAAAAGCUAUCGGAUAGAUGGAACUCUAGCCUGUUCUGAAGCAAUUUUUAGGCUGGAUAAAAUGCAUCAUAGACUCCAAGCAAUCAGAAUCUUUAGUUCAGGACUUAAGGGCUAUCAUGCAAAGAAUUUUUUGGGGCUUCUCAGAAAACUAGCAACUGCUAAAGUACUUACAGUGAGCAGCUGGUGCAUUCAGGUUCUAUCAAUGGAGGUUUAUAAUUUUAGGGAACCUCUAACCUUUGAGGCCAGUCAUCUCAUCCUAGAGACCGGACUGUGUAGAUGGGAAUUCCAGGGAAUAGCCUACAUGCUUUUGGGUUGUUACAAACUUGAGAAUCUCAAGAUUGUCAUGAGGGAUCCUGCUUACUUGAAUUAUGACUACAUAAAAAAUGUGACAGUCUGUCAAGUUGGUAACCCUGGAGUACAAUUUGACAACAUUUUGCAGCAGCUAGAAACCAUUGAAUUCAAAAACUACGCUGCAACUUACCAAACUUGGGAUGGCAAUGAUUUCAAUGAGUCUCUUUUUUUUGCUGGAUCUGACUUUGGAAGGCUGCUGGUAUGGAAUCUUAAAACAUAUGCAGACAAUCUCAAAAAAGUUGUUUUUUCUACUAGACAGAAGCAUUUUGCAAGUGACCAAUUUCGCAGUAUUGAGCCAUUGUCCACAUUCAAAAAGUUAUAUCAGUGUCACUUGCCAUGUGUCUAUCGAAAUCCUACUGAUAGAUGUCAUCCAGCUCUGAUUGGUGUUGAUUUUCCACCUGAGGAAUGACUCUGAUAGGCGUAAACCUUUGGAAUGAUGCUUUGUACUAUGGGAUCUAGUUCAAACUUUGUGCUUGAGUUUUCUUUAGACUACAGACAAGGGGUGUGAAAUUUUCCACCUGAGGAAUGGCUCUGAAAUUUGAAACUCUAGUUUCGUUAUGUUUUUUUUUUUAAACCCUUUUCUCUUAUUUCCUAAUGUUCCCUUUCGUGUGUACGAAAGAGUGAUAGUAGAGUUCAUUAUCAUAUUUAUUGAAUUACAUGUUCUGGGGCUACCUUGUAUGCUGUUGCAUAGGAGAUGCAAUUUUGUUUUUAAACAAUGUGGCCAUUAGACCAAUGUUAAGGCAUCUAUGGUAAUGACAAUUUUAGAAUCAGUGUUGAAAGUUUAAAUAUAAGUGAUGUAUUUAUUUUUUUA